CCAACCUGUCUUUGUAUACAUCUGCACCUCCAAGCAUCAGCAUGCCUAUCACCAAGUACAAAGCUGCUGCCGUCACCUCUGAGCCUGUGUGGUUCGAUCUCGAGGGUGGUGUCCAGAAAACUAUCGACUUCAUCAACGAAGCUGGCCAGGCAGGAUGCAAGCUCGUCGCCUUUCCCGAAGUUUGGCUCCCCGGCUACCCUUACUGGCAGUGGAAAGUCACCUACCAGCAAUCUCUCCCGAUGUUGAAGAAGUAUCGUGAGAAUUCCCUCCCUGUCGACUCGGACGAAAUGAGAAGGAUUCGCCGUGCAGCCAGAGACAACCAAAUCUACGUCUCUUUGGGAUUCUCUGAGAUUGACCAUGCAACUCUCUACUUGGCGCAAGUUUUGAUCUCCCCCACCGGCGAUGUCAUCAACCACCGCCGCAAGAUUAAGCCCACUCACGUUGAGAAGCUCGUCUACGGAGAUGGCGCUGGUGACACAUUCCUAUCGGUCGUCCCUACCGAAUUGGGUCGUGUCGGCCAACUCAACUGCUGGGAGAACAUGAACCCGUUUCUGAAGUCGCUAAACGUGGCCAUGGGCGAACAAGUUCACAUUGCUGCCUGGCCCAUCUAUCCCGGAAAAGAGACUCUCAAGUAUCCCGAUCCUGCGACCAACGUCUCUGACCCGGCAUCUGACCUUGUUACCCCUGCCUAUGCCAUUGAGACCGGAACUUGGACGCUCGCUCCGUUCCAACGAUUGAGUAAAGAAGGCCUGAAGAAGAAUACACCUGAGGGAGUUGAGCCCGAGACGGAUCCGUCGACAUACAACGGCCACGCCAGGAUCUUCAGACCUGACGGAAGCUUGGUGGUUCAGCCAGACAAAGAUUUUGACGGCUUGAUGUUCGUCGAUAUCGAUCUCAACGAGUGCCAUCUCACCAAAGCUUUGGCAGACUUCGGCGGACAUUACAUGCGACCAGACUUGAUCCGUCUUCUGGUCGAUACUCGCCGCAAGGAAUUGGUAACCGAAGCUGAUCCCAAUGGUGGAAUCGCAACCUAUUCCACACGGGAACGUUUGGGGCUGAACGACCCCAUUGACGUCGUCAAGGAGGACAAAGGCAAAAGCGGUGCAACGGCGACAAAGUCCGAUGCAUUCACUGCUCACGCACCUCUUUAGAGUUGUGCAAAGUUUGAUCCGAAGCUGUUUGGCUGCUUGGACUUGGAACUAACAUUGUCUUUUUUUCUUUUUCCUUUUUUACCUGUAUAUACAUAUUCACUCUCCUCUCCAUACUUUCGUAAAUCUCCAAUGAACUGAACCAUAUGAAUACAUUUUCCCAUUUUCUCCUUCCAAUCACAGGGCAAUCGCUAGCUUCGAGAGAGGCAAUUGCAAUCCAGUUGCGCUUUCUCUGAAGAGCUGUUGUUCUUAUCUCGCCUAACUCAGCUCACCCUUUUCGAACCCCAUAUCCAUGAAAAACGAAUUCUAACACGUCCCAACACCACAACUACCGCCUGGAAUACACAUUAGUCCCAUUAAAUAUCGAAUUUUCGACAUUUCCUUUUGAACUUACUAUUCGCCGCAAUAGAAAUGUGUCCUAAUGGAACGUGAUACUUUUUCUUCUUCCUACUUUUCUCCUUUUUGUACUCUUUAUAUGCGCGCCGCUCAGCUUUCUUUGCUUGCUUCUGCUGGCGCCGUGUCAGGUGCAUGGGUUGCUGUGGUGGGUAGUAGUAGAGUGGUUGUGGCGCGUGCUUUGAGGUCGAUGAUCCCAUGUGUGUUUCGUGUCCCGCGAAGAUAUUUCGAUUGCUUGGUAGAAUCGAAGAUGAGUAAGUUGGUCAAAGUGGAUGUUCAGGUUGGGUGUUGCUUUUUUCAUGCGAUGUUUGUGUGUGAGUUUUCUUCAUAUGAGACCGGGAAUUAUCAUUCUUUAUAUAUACAUCUGCAUGGGAUCAUCAAGCAUCCGUGACUGGCCGUUCUAUUUCACAAAAGCCCUGCGCCCCCAAAAAUCCGUGCUCCAUCCCUAAAGAAUAUUACCCACCAACUCAAAAAAGUACAUAUCGCAUUUGCUCUUGUCCGGCAUGAGCUUAGGCGCGUUCUAUUUACACCUUUUCGAGUUUAGCGCGACAUGACUCUUUUGACACACCGGACCGAUUAGGUACACAUUCACUUCGACAAUUAUUAAUAUGUCAGCCUCGUGUUUGUUUCCAAGAUAUCCCAAGAGAUCGAACAUGGGUGACAGUGUCAACAAAUCUUGAAUGGACCUCAGAACUAUGCUCCCGUACUACCUUUACUAGUGGUCUAUCUAGAAAUCCACGACCAAUGCAAUGCCGUGGCAAUCUUU